AUGACACCCAUAGUUGACAGGCACCUGGAGGAGCAUUGUAGAGUCCCCACGCGUCUAUCAGUUUCAAAUGACUAUUCGAAAGGAGAUGAUUCAUUGAAAAGAAGAUCGUUUCUUCUCUCGUGUGCCACUCUUUGUGCCACUCUUUCAUCCUCGGCUUCCACGGCAGUUGCUGCAGCAGAUGUUAGGGCACCGUUUAUAGAGCUUUUGUUGCCAGCCACUCGGGUCAAACUGUAUAUCGACCAAGCUGUAGAGCUUUGCAAGUCUCUGAAAGCGAACGAGAGCGCUUCAGAAGCAUCAAGUCUUAUCCCACUGAAAGAUCUUCUUGAGAAUGAACCGGCCUUUAUGACGGAGAAAGAACAAAAGCUUUCCAAACGAUAUCUUGAAAUUAAGACAACUGCUGCCUGGCAAGAUGCACGACGAAAGGAGCGGGAAGCUCGUGGUGCCGAAAUGGGCAUUGACUAUACUACUCCUUAUGAUCAAGUUAACACGGCCAUUCAACAAUGGGGAGACAAUACACAAUUCCGAAUAUUGCGCUCUCGUCAACGAAAACUGGAGAAAUCUAGUACCAUUCGAACGGCACUGAACGCAUAUACCAACAAUCUUGUAUUUGGAGAUGCCUAUCAAUUGAAUGUUCAGGGCGAAGAAAAGAAGGCACUGGUACGUAACGACGCCCUUCCAAACGUCAAUGCAGUAGUUGUGAGUGACUUGGAUCUACGGGAUCUCUACAGAAAUCAAGUCUUGCAGAAUAUGGACGACGCCCGUGCUGAAAUUGAAUACCAACUCAAGUCAUCCGAUUUCAAUGUGGACGAAGUCUUGACAUGCCUUCGACAAGCACAAUCAUCAUGCCAAGACUGGUUCAACUUGAUUCCAAAGGGUGACGUUGAGGAAGCCCUGAAACUUGUCAUGGAGGAAAGAUAG